AUGUCCAAUCAAGACGAGGCAGUCAAAAAAGUCGAAAAGACUACAAUUUCUUAUGCGCAAGAUUGGGGCCGAUCCUCCCUCCCUCCCGUCCUCCUCGCAACCUUCACCACCGCCCUCCACGCCCGCCCACUACAACCCCUCCCCCUCGCCUUUACCCCCAUCUUCCUCUUCAGCACCUACCUCAAUCUCUCCGGGUAUGCCGUUGAUUCUGCUGGCAUAACGGCUGCAUGGUCGGGUCUAUACCUCAUUAUGGCCAAUAGGAGGAAAGCGUCGGGCAAGAACAUGUAUGCGAGAAUCGGGAGUAGAUUUGGAGCGAGGGGUAUAGUGAGAGGUGCUGCGAUGGGUGUGGCUGGCUUGAACUUGGUCGCUGGUGGUAUUACAUAUGCGACUGGCAAGAGAAAUGAUGAGGAUACAACUCUUUGA